GAUGGGUACAUUUUCAGAUGCACACUCCAGCACAAUGGGUGGCGGUAUGCACCUUUCACUUAGCCUGACGCCGGCCAACAGAAGAAGAGGAAGAACGCAUGACAGCGGUGUGUACGCUUUGGGAUAACUAAAAUAAUUCUGUCCAGGCUAUUGGCUAAGAUCUAACUUAAUCGACUGGGACACGGAAUAUUUAACAUAUAAUUCAUUCGCAGAGAAAGUUGGCCUUCCAACUAAUUUAAGAGAUUCGAAGCGGUCCAUCGGCAUUUUAAAGUGGGUGGGGCUUUCUCUUUCCCUUUCCAAGCUUUUCAGUUGAAGAGACGACUAGCUUGCACAGGAGUACUGUGUGGAACACACAGGUUUUACAGGGAACUGCAUGUGUCUGCAAAGAAAUUAGUGCUUUAACAGGAAAAUAACUUUAAAUUCAGGCUUAGAAAGCGAGAUGGCUGCCAGGAAGAGUCCAUUAGUAAUGGAAUCUGUGUUGCUUGUGGCCCCUGUCACAGCCCUUGAGUUUCUGGAGGAAGACUACUUAUUGGCAGGUGAAGGCCCAACUCUAUCAGUUUACAGCCUGCGGACUCUGUCAGUAACAUGCACCUCAUUGACUGUACUCCAAAAUCAGUGCAUCCAUGGACUUCGUCUGCAAAUAUGGCAGCAGGGUGAAGGAGCAUGUGUCACUGUUACUAUAGAGGAUGAAUUAUUGGCAUCACCAUGGCAACAAUUAGGGGGGGUCAGAAGGACAGUGUUGGCUGUGUUUGGGGGGAAAGCAGUUAGAGUGGUGGAGCUGAGGGAAGAGGUGGGUGUGGGUACCCCUCCGGUUUUAAAGCUACUGGGCCCUUUGACUGAGCUGCAGGACUGGGUGUGUGAUGUGCGCUGGCUCAGUGGGGGGGGGCACCUUCUGGCUGUUGCUCUGGCCCACAAUAUUGUGUUGCUGCUGGAGGCUGAGGAAGGGCAGACUUUAGUGCUUUGCCCUUGUCAGGAGGGCUGCUUGCUUUACUCUGCCCUGUUGCUGGGAUGGCACUGGGAUAACAUGGUUGUUGUGGGCGGGACUGUUUUCAACCAGUUGGUUAUUUGGAGACCUGGAGGUGCAUAUGGUGUGGGGAGGGAACAAGGGGAAGAGGAAGCAGGGCAGAUGAAGCCGGUGGAGAGGCGUCUGUCAGGUCACAAAGGCGUGAUCUUUGGUCUCGCUUACCACUCCAAACAAGGUUUGCUGGCCUCUGCCUCAGAUGACCGCAGCGUGCGAAUCUGGGGGGUAGGAACGUUGGGUGGUGCAGCAGGCUGCGGGGCUUUAUGCCCCCCUUGCCUUCAGGUGUUAUAUGGACACCAGGCUCGAGUGUUCUCAGUUCAGCUCUCACCCGGCCAGGUGUUCAGUGCUGGGGAAGAUGGGACAUGUCUGCAGUGGGACUGGGAGAGGGGCCAAGUUGAACGUGCUCUAAAGGGCCACAGAGCUGGAGGGGUCAGGGCGUUGGCUGUCAGUAAUGAACGGAGUGGACAAAGCAGGUUGGUAGCCACUGGGGGAGCAGAUGGAGGAAUCAGGCUCUGGAAUCUGGGGAAUGAAGACGGUGGGCAUGGGGGUGUGCAGACUGUGGUUGAUCUGGGGUUUGAGGGCAGAGGCUGCCCCAAGGUGGUCCGUGUAGUAUCAGGUGACUGGAGAGAGGGUGGGGUUGUAGUCAGCACUGACCAGGGAGUGGUGUAUCUCUGGGAGGAGCAAUGCUGGAAGCUGUUGUUGAAGGGGAGGGCUGAGUUCCAGUCCUACAGUGUGAUGGAGGUCCUGAGUUUUGACCAACCCAGGACAGGGCUAUGUGCUUUAGGUGGCCUUAAUGGAGUUGUGUCCGUGUUCCCUUUGUCCCAGCCAAGUGCAGUGAUACACUUGAGGGCAGGUGCAGGGAAAGUCCACAAUGUGCUGUGGGCAAGGCAGGGUGGAAAGGCAGGGUACCUGUUUGUGUCAGCAGCAGAAGGUAAGGUGUAUCGCUGGUACGUGAAGUUGGAGUUGGGUGAGAGGGGCCUGGAACUUAGGGCUGUGCAACUCUGUGCGUUCUUGCUCCCACCCUGUGCCAAGCGCUGGCUCACUGCUGUGGCAUUUGUGCUACAAUCAGAAGGGUCACUGUGGGUAUGUGGAGACAGGAGGGGAUCACUGCUGCUCUACAGAGACUCAAGAGAGGAAAAGGCAGGUGAAAGGGAAGAAGUGGAGGAGACGGUGAGUGAAGAGAGCACAGUGAGCAAUAGAGGAGUGGUGCAGCCAGUAAACACUUUGUUUGGAGCUCAUGGGAAACAGGGUGUAACAUGGGUGUGUGAACACCAAGGUGUACUGUACAGCUGUGGAAGAGAUGGCUGUGUGCGGGUCCUGAGGGUGGGUGGGGAACGAUUUGAUAUGUUGGAAGUCCUGAGGGUCCAGCGGGCCUGCCAAGGUAUGGAAUGGAUAGAGAGGGUUCUGAUCCUGGAUCUAGUAGAAGAGAGGGAUGGGUGGGGAGGGGAGGGCAGGAUUGUGAUUUUGGGGUUUCACUCAGUCUUCUUUGUGGUAUGGGAUCCAAUCCAACAGGAGAGACUUAUGUCAGUCCCCUGUGGAGGGGGGCAUCGGUCCUGGAGUUACUGCCCGCCCUCCGACCUCCGUACCACUGGCACGGGGGGAUCUCUGUUGUUUGUAAAGCAGGGAACAGUACUAGCCACCCAAGGCCCUCAGGAGUCCUUUGGAUCUGGCAGAUUAUGGCUGAAGGAGGGGCUCCAUGGUAAAGGGGUGGGAUGCAUAUGUCAUCUGGGUUGGGUGGGGAUAGCAGGAAUGGGGAGAUGCUGGGAGAUUCUGGUGACUGGAGGAGAGGACACGCGCUUGUCAGUACUUGCAGUCCAGCCACAAAGUGGAGCAGUCAGAGUGCUGUCCAUCAUCACUGACCACAUCUCCAACGUACGCACACUUGCUGCAAUCCGGCAGGAGGUGGAAGAGACAAAUCGACAGAGAAAUUACUGCAGCAAGAUAGAGGGGCAGACAGUGUCAUCCCUGUCUGCCUUAUUGCUCUCUGCGGGCGGUAGGGCCCAGUUGCAGUGCUAUCGGCUGCUGAUUAGGUGGACUGCACAGCUGAGUCAGCCUACGUGUCAGGUGAUCCAGAUAGCCAGUCACCAUUUGGAUGAAGAGCUGGAAAGAAGGCGGAAUCGACACAAGACUUUGAAAAUGGAUCCUGAGACCAGGUACAUGUCUUUGGAUGUGGUUCAGGAUGGGACAGUAGUACUCCUUGCUCUGGGCUGCAGUGAUGGAGCUGUGAGGCUCUUCUCUGUAACUAAUGUAGAUGGUAGAUUCCGGCUGCUGUGGGAGAGUUUCUAUCACCAGAGAUGUGUGCUCAGCGUUGUCCUCUGCUGCCUCCAGGACCCACAGGGCAAUCGGAGGCUGUUCCUUUUCAGUGGAGCCACAGAUGGUAGGAUAGCAGUGUGGGAUAUUAGUACAGUCAUAAACUGGAAUGAAGAUAUGACUUCUGCCUCUACUUGGAAGGGUCCAUCCAGUCCAUGUCUCACAUUCACAGCCCACCAGAGUGGUGUGAACACACUGGCCAUUUGGGAGAGGCAGAGUAAUGAGUUGAAGCCAGCAAAGAAGGGUUGGGAAGUGGGCUGGAUGACACUGGCCAGCGGUGGAGAUGAUGGACAGCUGUCAGUGGUCAUCAUCAGGGUAGAGUUCCACCAGCAGGAUGUAGAAAGUAGCAUAGCAUCUCUACAGCUACACUCCAGCUCUGCCGUGCCCCUGGCUCAUUCUGCCCCUUUGACAGCCCUGGGGUAUCUGAGUCCCUGGCUGCUGGUCUCCACCUCUCCUGACCAACGUGUGUGUCUGUGGAGCCUGCACAACGGUGUGCCCCAACCCCAGGCGGUGGUCUUCUCACAUGUGGCAGAUGUGGCUGGGCUUGAGGUGUGGCCUUGCGGGGGGCAGCUGGGCAGAUCCUAUGUGGCAGUAUGUGGUCAGGGAUUACAACUGCUGCAACUCAAGGAGAGAGAGGAAUGAGAGAAGGAUGUGAGACUAGGAAAACACUUUCUGUGAAAUUGUCAUAACAGAAUAUAAACUUCAUGAGCUUAGCCUGGGGACACAUCUUGGAGACAUGAAUGGACCAGCACACCCAAUAGGUAGGAGUACAUCUGUCUGGUUCAGAGUAUGUCAUUACACAGAUAAGGAAAUGAAAUACCGAAGAUAAUGGCUGGCAGAUGUAUGUUCUCUCAUGCAUAUUUGAUCAUCACAAAAAACUCCAAACUUCAGAUGGACAGUCUGCAAUUUUUGAGCACAUUCUGAAUAUGGAAGUUUAUUUCUCUUAGUCCUACCCAGGACUGAAGACCAUCAUAAUUAUGAAAGACCAGUGCCAACCAACAUCAGAAAUAUGGAGGUGAUUGUAUGGUGGAUGUUUUCAUCUGGACUGCAGUCAUGACAUUAACUGGUGUUUGUUUAUUGUAUGUUUUUGUUUUUAAGUUUGAAAUAAACCUAACUUCUGGAUGUGUGGACAGGUAAAUGCACUAAUAUCAAGGAAAGACACUUUGGUAAGGCCUGUGUGUGGGGGCAGGG